GCUUCCGAUCGAGAAGCUUCGAUUUGCGAUCCUGCCCUGCAUACUCCGAAAAAAGUGCGGACCCCGACCUUCGUUCUGCUUUCUCGCAACUCUCUUCCGACCACCAUCCAAAUCGCUGUUUCGCACGACCGCACGACACUAAUUUUGCUACAUCCUGCCACAGCCCGCACAAACACCAGGCACAACCAUGGCUUCGAACCCGCCUGCGAGAUGUUGCACUGUCGGUUUCCGGCAUGAGGGCACGCCGACCGGCGAGAUGGUCCGCGUUGCCGGCAAGUACGACGCCUACCUCGCGAAGCCCCCCGCCGACAAGGAGCACAAGGGCGCCGGCAUCCUCUACAUCCCGGACGUCAUCGGUAUCUGGCAGAACAGCAAGCUCCUCGCCGACCACUUCGCCGCCAACGGCUACCUAACCCUGGUGCUCGACGUGUUCAAUGGCGACCCGAUCCCACUCAACCGCCCCGAGGGCUUCAACCUGAUGGACUGGCUCAACAAGGGCUCCGACGGCAACAACCCGCAUACGAAGGAGUUCGUGGACCCCAUCGUGGUGGACGGUCUCAAGGCGUUGAAGGAGGAUUACGGCAUCAGCAAGAUCGGGGCUGUCGGCUACUGCUUCGGCGCCAAGUACGUUAUCCGCCACUACAAGAACGGCAUCAACGUCGGCUACAUCGCGCACCCGUCCUUCGUCGACGAGGACGAGCUCCAGGCCAUCACGGGCCCGCUGGCCAUCUCGGCUGCCGAGACCGACCAAAUCUUCCCGGCCGAGAAGCGCCACCGGUCCGAGGAGAUCCUCAAGGAAGUCGGCCAGCCAUACCAGAUCACUCUGUUCUCGGCCGUCGAACACGGUUUCGCCGUGCGCUGCGACCCGAGCAUCAAGGCCCAGAAGUUUGCCAAGGAGCAGGCCUUCCAGCAGGCCGUCACCUGGUUCAACGAGUACCUCCUGUGACUGCCGGGGCAUGAUGCAAAGGCAAGGCUGUGACGCCCGGCUCAGACUUGUCGUCCAGAUUCAAUAAUAUAGAUGCCGCCAGCAGCAGGCUAGUCGAGCUCCUGUCUCUGUCCAAUUGCCGCGGCAGCCGUUCCUGCAGUCGGUGCGUAUCCAGCAAUGGAGGUGAAACAGGUUUAGAUCCGCUGCCAGCGAAUUAGAUAUCGCGGAAUAGGUCUCAGGUUCGAGCCUCAAUACGUAUCAAAGGUGGCCGUUGAGGAUCCCCUUGUUUGUGUUGGAG